AUGUCGAACCCAUACCAACAAUCCAACGGGUAUAACCCCGCCCAACUGAAUCCAGCUUUAUUCGCCUCCCUGACCAACCAGAACCAACAGGUGCAAAAUCCCCAUCCCACCCUCAAUCUCAAUCAGACCCCGAUGCAACCCCAACAAGGUAACAUCAAUAUGAAUCCCGCGCAAGCACAACAGAAAAGUGCAAAUGAUCUGAAUGGCGCAUUGCAGAAUAUUAUGUUACCCAUGUUCAACAGGUUACAAGGUCAAAAUGUAGCUAGGAUGGAACAACAAAGAAUGGGUAUAAACCCCCAACAACAACAGCAGCAGCAACAGCCAAACCAACAGCAACAGCAGCAGUUUCAAGGUAUGGCUCAACAGAUGAAUAUGGCUGGACUACCUGGUAUGAGCAUGAACAUGAAUACGAAUAUGAUGAAUCACCAACAACCUCAACAACCCCAACAGCCUCAGCAGCAACAGAUGUAUGGCCAACAACCACAACAGGGCUAUAGUAUACAUUCGCAACAGCAAGGUUUAGCACUGCAACCUAAUCCUUCUCAGCAGCAACAGCCUCAACAACAACCACAGCAACAACAGCAACAACCGCAACAGCAGAUGCAGAAUUUACAAGGGAUGAAUAUGGGCAUGUUGGGCGAUUCAGAACAAGGUAGGCGACUGAUGUUGUCAAACAUGUUAUCCCAAGCGACCACCGGUACCCAUCCACCAGUUCAUGGUCAACAACAACCACCUCAGCAGCAGCAAAUGCAGAUGCGACCACCUCUUCAGCAACAGCAACAGCAACAGCAACAGCAACAGCAGCCACAGCCGCAAGCAUCUCAGCAAGCGAUACAGUUGCAACAAGCUGCCAACCUGAACAAUAUCAACCCACAAAUUGCCGAGCUGUUCCGAAACAGACCUGAUCUCGCACAAGCUGUGAUGAAGAAACAUGGUGGUAAUGCCCAACGUGCGAUGGAAGAUAUGCAACGUACCGUCGACAUGAUGACCAAUGCUCAGCAGCAGCGAGCCAGAGAAGCGCAAGCUCAAUUGCAGCAACAGCAACAACAAGUUCAACAGCAGCAACCGCAACAGCCUUUACAACAACAGCCGAUCGGUGUUGGGAUCAAUGGUCAGAUGGGUAUAGGGAUGGGCUUCCCCGGUCAAAUGCCCAAUCAGCAAUCACAGCAACCUCAACAGCAGCAACAGAGACCACCUUCCCAGCAGAUGCAACAGCAACAACCCCAACCGCCCCAACAACAAGUACCUCAACAGCAACAACCCAGAAUUGUCUCUGAUAAUGGUCAAUUCAAUAUGGCUCAAGGACAACAAGGCAACCAGUACGCGAACACGUUGUCGCAGUUGGAAGCGCUUCAACAGAUGAAGGAACGUCAACAACGAAGCGGACUGAAAACACCUCAAAUGCAACAACCUGGUUUACCUAUGGCGUCACCUCAACAACCUGUACCCAAUGUCAAUGCCAGUGCUCCUCAAGCAGGUUUGGGUGUAAAUCUGAAUCAGCCAUAUCAAAUGUUACAGCAAAACCUUCCUCAACCGCAAGUUCAACCAGGUCAACGACAAACCCCUCAAAUGGCUCAACAGCAACUUGUCUCACAACCUCAGAGACCUCAACCACAACCACAUCAAUCUCAGUCAGCGCCUACCCAAUCGACCCCCCAGAUGCAAACCCCUAAUCUUGCAUCUGGUUCGAUGGCUCCUCCACCAGCGAAUACGAGUGGUGGACCCAGCAGAACGCAGUACUUUGAGCAGAUUCCUCUUUGGCCAAACGAUAAACUCACUAAUGCCACAUCGUUAAUCGCCAAGAAGUUGUUCGAGAGUUUACAAUCUGGUAGUUCUGGUGCGAAUGAGCAGAUGAGUAGAUAUCAUCUAUUAUUGCUGGUUGCCGAGAUCAAGAAACGAGGUUUGAUCAUCCCUCAAGAUGCUCUUACUGUUGCUACCGCUUUUAUGCAAGCGCCUAAUGCGACUCAGGCGUUGAUGGCUAUGGAUCCUAACGCUUUACGCCAAAUAGCCCAAGGCAAUAUCGAUCGGAUCAUAGGUGCUCAAGAACAGACUCGAAGUCAAAUGCAAGCUCAGAAUCAACAGCAGCAAGGUCAACAAGCCCAGCAAGCCCAGAUGCCUACUCAGCCUCAACAUACUAGACAACGUUCAUAUCAGGGACAGGGACAACCAUCUCAACAGGGAAGCCAAAAUAAUCCUAUUGAGUUGAUCACGCCAACUAUGAACCAGAUGGUGCUUCCGCAACAAUUCUCCACUCCAGUUCAACAGAAUGCGGCACCUCAACAACAACAAGCUCAACAACAGCAACAGUUCGUUCCUCAGCAGCAACAACAAUGGGCACCUGGCGCUGUUCAACAAACACAGCCUCAGCCACAAGCGCCUGCUGCACCUGCCCCUGCCCCACCUUUGAUGGGACUCGAAUCGAUGAAUCUACCGGAAGAGAAUUUCUGGCAUACAUUGAAACAGAUCCACCCAACUGUCAAUGUACAGAACCCGGUUAUCGAAGGUAGAGCUUUGAACUUGUACAAGCUUUUCCAGAUUGUAUUGAAGAACGGUGGAAGUGCGAAGAUCGACCCAUCGAGGUGGACGAUCGUGGCUGGUCAAUCAGGUCUCGCUCCUGAGCCUCUGCAAGCCAACGGACCGCAACCGCUUAUCUCAACGCCUAAUGCCGCUCAGCAAGCUAGAGCAUGUUAUGCUCAAGUUCUCCAACCGCUUGAAAAUCUGUUUAUGGCGAGAAUUCAGCAAAGUCGUCAGAAUGUCGGUCAGGCGCAACAACAGGUUCAAGCUCAACAACAACCUAUGCAGCAAGUUCAAUCUCAGCAGCAAUUCCAACAACCUCCUGUACAACAGAAUCCACAGCAGGUCAAACCUAGUCCUCAGAUCCAUCAAGGGCCUCUGUCCAACUCACAGAGCCAAGUACCUCAAUUGAGCGAACAACAAAAGAGGUUCUUGGAAGCCGCUAAAAACGCUGGACCAGGUACAGGUACAUUGGAAGGAUUGGCUCAGCAGGUCACUCAGCAAAGUCAACCUGCUUCAACGCAACAAACUCCCAAUGUUCCUGCACCUGAUACAGCACCACAACAAGCUCAAUCGCAGAGUCAAGGACAAAGUGGUAAUGUCAAAGGCAACCCGCUCAAGAUUUACGAGUUUAUCAAAACUCAGGAAACCCAAGUCCGAGCUAAGCUUGAGAAAAACCCUUCGAUCCCUUCUGUAGACAAAGAAGCUUACAGGAAUGAGUUGGCACAAUUGUUGCCCAUCAUCAGAGAGGCUGAACAGAGAGUACCCAUGUUUUUGAUGAUGAUGAAAGAGAUGGGCGCUCCUGAGAUGUCUGCUGGGCCGCAAAUCGUUUCGAUGUACACCUCCGCUCUAUACGCCAGCACGGCAGCUGAAUCUGAUCGAUACAUCCUCAACGUAUCAGAUCUGCAUCGAAUCAGAUUAGGAUUAGGACAACUUAUGGCGAGAGCUCAAUCAAUGUUCAGAGCUUUAACCGAUAAACCUGGUGGUAACAUGUUAUUGAAGGAGAUGAACACCGCAUUGAAUAAAGCGAAACUUCAAUUUAUCGCUCAAAAUCAAGCUCAAGCUCAAAGCCAAUCUCACGCCCAAUCACAAUCUCAACCACAACCACAUCCGCAAGCGCCAUUAACUGGGAAUCAAAAUUUGGCUCAACAACCUGUUGGCAGCUCACCAGCUAAUAUUGUCGAAGCUAUCGCCGCUCGACAUAAAUCCCUCAGAGUAGAGGACCUCAAACCGCCUCCCGCCAAACGGGCGAAAGGGGCUAAAGGAUCACCUGCUACGCCAUCUGGCACUGGUCAAACCCCCGAGGCCAAGACACCUGCGAUGUCGAAUGUGGAUUCACCGGGCUCUGUCAAGAAGAGUGGCGGAAAGAGGAAAAGACAAUCUUCCAAUGCGGUCAGCUCUGCCACUGCUCUUCAGAACGUCGUGUCGUCGAAUUUGAAGACUCCCAAAGAUCUGAUGGCCGAGGUCAAAGAGUCGAUGUCGAAGGUUUCCAAACCAUCGCUUGCUCCGGGUGCAUCCACCACCGCUGCUGGUACUUCUGCGACCUUGAAUGCGCUGGGUAUCGACCUGACACCGAACGAAAUUGUUAACCAAGUUGAGUUGGAUCAAAAUAAGACUUUCUUCGAUAAUCAAACUCAACUCAACCUGGCGGCUGGCAUAUUACCUUAUCAAUCGUCUUCAUCCUCUUCAACGACGAUCAUGAGUAAUCAAGAGGAAAACAAUCUGAUCGCUGGAUUACCAUUAGAUACGUGGCAGAUCUUCACUCAGGCCUAUGAGGCUUUCCAGGCUUCGCAAUUGCAAGCUAACCAGGUACAAUCACAAGUGCAACCCGGCAACGGUAGCCAGAAUGGGAUAAUACCUCCAACUACCAUCGACAAUACAAUCUUGGGUGUUCGUCUAAAUGGUAACGGGAAUGGUAUUGUCACCGGAGGGGGAGGGAAAGACGAUCUUUUCGAACAAUUCAUUGAUGUCACUCAACUUACCGAGGAAUUACCUACUCCCGAAUUGUUCAGAAUCAACUCGAAUCUUUUGGAUGGAGGAGGAGAGGAAAGUGAUAAUUCACCUGAAUCAAUCAAAACCGUCGCAUCCACCAAUGUACCUUUGGUUCCCAUCUAUACUUCUUCUGGUUCUACUUCCAAUCAAAACAUUGAACAACCCAAUGGUAAUGAUGAUAAACUCAAUCGCAACAACAAUAACAACAACCACGGAAUUGCCAAUUUUGCCUUGGGAUCGGACAAUAUUGUGAAUGUUGGUGAUGAUUACUUAGGUGGUAGUUCGGGUAUGAAUAUGGCUACGGGACUUAUGAUGGGAAGUGAAGAGAGUGGGAUGUAUAAUGGAGGGAUAUGGUGGGGGAAUGUAAAUGUAGCUGGUGGUGGGAAUGAAGCUUAUUGA